CGCACUCAACGCAUAGAGAAGAAUAGUUUUGCUAUAAGGAGGACAGAGCCGGGAGGAGUGAAUGGAUCAGUGCUCCAAUGCAUCAAACGCGCUCAUUGGACACCCUCUUAUAUCCGUGAAAGAAACCCUACAUGCCCGUUAUGCCCGGCCGCGGAGGCUAGAGAUUUUUGCCAAGAGAAGGGAAAACGCAGAGGACUCUGAAGUCGGGACACUCCUUCGUUUGAGUUGACUGUAACGAUAGUUCGCCUGUGCACUGUUUCCAAUCUCCUGUGAGCCUAGCGUCGGAGAGGGGGGAUUCAGCCAAGCAGGACAACAACUGUAGGCAAGAUGCAGGGGGUUUCAGCAACAACUGACCUCCCUCCCUCUUCUCUACAGUGCCAGUGUGGAUCGGUGGACUUCCUGUGUUCCCCGCGGCUGGCAAAGAAAGCCCUGCCCCCUCCCAGACAAUGUCACGUCCGGCCUGCAGUCAAGCCCCGCCCCCAGCCCACAGCCACACCCACCUCUCAGAAACCUCAAGUGCCCCCUAAACCCCCCUUCCUGCUGGUCCUCGGACAGGACAAGAAGCCCAAGAGGAUUCCCCCAGCUCCCUCCAGGCCUCUGCCUGCCCCUCCACCUCCACCCAAACCGCGGCCCAGUCAGACACCACCUGGCCUGGCCACACAGCCUCAGAGAGGCCCAGAGGCCCAGAGCGUGGGGCUGCUCAUCGAAAGGUUUGAGAACUCCAGGGUUCCAAUUCUUGGUGUCCCUCCAAGGAAUCAGCUCCACUUGUGCCUGAGUAUGGACGCGACAUCCGAAACCACAGCUCGUUCUGCCCCAGACCCCAUAGCACACGCCCCUUCAGGGUCAGCAGGAGCAAAGGACUCUGGGGAACCCUCCCCCGCCGACAAACUUGCUCUUCUCGUCUCGGAGCAGACUGAUGAGUUCACCGAGCUGACGGAGCUUUCGUGCCUGGCCUCACUCCGCAUUGACGGCCCCGGCGGCAUUCCUUUGGACCCUACAGAGGAAGACCUCAACAUCGUCCACGGCGAUCGAGUUGGUUGCCUUGACAACACGGAGAGGGAGGAGAGAGACUCUUCCCAUGAGCUCCAGGACAAUCCGGACUCACAGUCCUCGGAGCAGAACGGAAACGGGAAGAUUCCCAACCGGGACAGCGGGAUUGACAGCCCAUCGUGCGCAGCAGAGGGCGAGGUGUUCCCCAACGAAGACGCCAUCGACGAGGAGGAGCGCUACGACAGCGUCACGGAGACAGAGACUAGCGUGUCCUGCUGCGUAACACUGGGCAACAAGCGUGACUCCACGCAGGACGAGGACAGUGACCUGGAUGAGGUCAGCAGUGGCGAGACAGAGGGAGGGGAGAAGGCGGACACACACACAGAGGUACACAGGUACUCAGAGACACAGAGGUUACUGAACAUCGCCAGAGAGCUCCUUCACACUGAGGAGGCCUACGUCAAAAGACUCAACCUCCUAGACCAGGUAUUUUGCACAAAGCUGACUGAAGCUGGAAUCCCUCAGGACGUGAUAACGGGGAUCUUCUCCAACAUCUCCUCCAUCUACUGCUUUCACCACAAGUUUCUGCUCCCUGAGCUCAAGACACGCAUCACUGGAGAAUGGGACUCAAACCCACGUAUUGGAGACAUCCUCCAGAAGCUGGCUCCAUUUAUGAAGAUGUACGGAGAGUACGUGAAGAACUUUGACCGUGCUAUGGACCUGGUCAACACCUGGAGCCAGCGGUCAUCACAGUUCAAGAGUGUGGUCCAGAACAUACAAAAGCAGGAUGUGUGUGGGAACCUGACUCUCCAGCACCACAUGUUGGAGCCUGUGCAGAGGAUUCCACGCUAUGAACUCCUGCUCAAGGACUAUCUAAAGAAACUGCCUGAUGAUGCACUGGACAGGAAGGACACGGAGAAAGCACUGGAGCUCAUAUCCACAGCAGCCAACCACUCCAAUGCUGCCAUCAGGAAAAUGGAGAAGAUGAACAAACUGCUGCAGGUCUAUGAGAGACUGGGGGGAGAGGAGGACAUCGUGAACCCAGCCAACGAGCUCAUCAAAGAAGGACACAUCAAGAAGAUGUCUGCCAAGAAUGGGACGGCCCAGGACCGAUACCUCUACCUGUUCAACAACAUGGUGCUGUACUGCGUUCCCAAGCUGAGGCUGAUGGGGCAGAAGUUCAGUGUGAGAGAGAGGAUCGACAUCGCUGGGAUGGAGGUCAGGAAAGAGGUGCAAGAGAACGUGAAGCAGAACCUCCCUCACACGUUCGCCAUCAUCGGCAAGCAGCGCUCACUAGAGCUACAGGCCAGGACGGCUGAAGAAAAGGAAGACUGGAUACAGGUGAUCCUGGCCACCAUAGAGAAGCACAAGCAGAACAGUGAGACCUUUAACAAAGCCUUCAAUAGCUCCUUCUCCAGGGACGAAGACCACCUGCCAGACUCACCGGGUCCCUGGAGCAGCACAUCCGUAGACUCAGACAGUGAAAGACUGCAAGAAAGGAAAAGUUCCAAGAAGAAGGAAAAGGAGACAUGUAAAGGCUGCAACGAGAGCUUCAACUUUACCAAGCGCAAGCACCACUGCAAAGCCUGUGGAGCGGCCAUCUGUGGUAAAUGCUCUAAGAUGUUGGAGAAUAAGACGUGUCGUGUGUGUCCCGAGUGCUUCGAGACUAGCCAGGGCCCUGAGGGGCCUGCAGGGGCCCCAGUAGAGCUGAAGAGGAAAGCUACAGCCGAGAAGCAGGUGUCUCUGUCGGGGGACAACUGUCUGCUGUGUGCUCAGCUGCAGGUGCAGGAGAAGGGCAAGAGCUGGACCAAGACCUGGGUGGCCAUCACCAAGACUGAACCACUGGUGCUCUACCUGCAGACCAGCGGACAGGACUCUCGCGGGGCACGGGCCAUACCCCUUCCGGGGUUUGAGGUGAGCGUGGCAGCGCCAUCGGCAACAGAGAAGUCUGAGCUUAAGCACGCAUUCCAGCUGAGUCACUCCCAGCAGGCUUUGCUGUUCAGCGCCCAGGAUACAGAAGUCCAGGCCAAGUGGGUGGAGCUUCUCUCUAGAGCCGCCCGCGGGGAAACGCCCACAGACACGCCGUUCAGCCUGACGGAGCACAGGGAAAGUCAAUAGGGCGGCUCCGCUGAAACCACAUGACCCCCCCAUCCCACCUUUCACCCCUCUCCUGUGGACAGAAUACAAGUUACUUGAAUUCACUUUUCCUUUGCACUUUUUAUUUUCUUUGAAGGGAGGGAAGAUUCCCUACCCCCCUCUGCUGCCACUUCACCCUUUCCUCCACCAGACACACUUUCAUUUACACACAGACUUGCUCUCUCUUUCAUUCGCACACUCUCUCUCUCUCUCUCUCUCACACACACACACACACACACACACACACACACACACACACACACACACACACACACACACACACACACACACACACACACACACACACACACACACACACACACACACACACACACACACACACACACACACACACACACACACAUUACACAUACACACCUGUUUCACCAACUCCGCCACCAUUGUAUGCGUGGUUAUGUUAUAUUUCUCUCGGUGUUCUCUGCAGUUCAAGAAGAACAGAACUCUUUGAUUUAAUGUUUAGAAUUAUAGCCGAAGGCAUUUAUUAAAUGGAUCCUGUAUGAUUUUGUAAAAAGGUGAAGUUCCUUGUACAUUGUGUGACUGUGAACCAUUAACCCCUGUCGGUCUGUCUGUAUGUGUGUGUGUGUUGCCCCUGUGUUUUAUUUCAGUAUUCAAUGUUAGCGUAUUGAACCCCACAUGCAGAUACCCCCUCUCCCCACCACUGUGGACCCAGUGGCAGCUCAGUGGUGAUUGUACAGUGUGUAUACUAUCGUGUGUCAUUAACUAAAAUAACUAAAUUUUAACUUAAGAGAUGUGAACGAACGCUUGUGGCUGGCCACCUGAAGCUCCCACAAUCAGCCUCCCAAACUCCUCACACCCCAAACACACCCUACUCCCUUGCUGUGUCCCAUUCUUUUAAAAAUGAUGUUCUUUCUUUGCUCUCCUUUGUAAGCCACUUAAUCUGACUGGAUAGUCGAUUCAAUAUGGUGGAUUUUGUUCCUCUUCCACUAGUAGACUGGGUGGAGUUCCUGCCAAUGUUGUUUUGACCUGUCCAGUAACUGAAGAGAGGAAGCCACUGUAAAGGAUUAGGACAUUACUUACCACAGAUCUAAGAUCAGCUUCCCCUCCCCAAAUCACCAUGUUGGGAAACAAUGCACAACUGGCCUUACAUCAGCUUCUACAGACAAUUUAGCUAGUCCCUGGCUCCUGUAUGGUCUUGCUCCCGCCCUCCCCUCUCUAUCAACUCUGCCCUCAGCGGCCAGAAAUAUACUCCCACUUCCUGUUUCUACUGCUCACCUGCUCUGCCCCUUCUGGUCACGUGAUAGAAACCAUAUCCACAAUACAAGUACUGGCUAAGCUAAUUUAAGCUUGAUCCAAAAAUGUGGUCAGAGGCUUCGUAGAAGCCAAAUCAAUCUUCCUACCACAUCGCCAUGCACCUCUCAAAUUUUGUAACAAUGUGGAGGGCUCUGUAUAGCUCCACAUUGACAUGAUUGGUUGAUGGUAGGUGGGGGCGGUACAUCCUGUAUAAAUACAAACUCACUUUCUUGACAACUUCCUUCACAAUAGCUCUGCCCUGCUCCGCUAAACGCAAGACGGAGGCUGCAUCGCAGAGGCAGUCACUUUAGAUCUCGGAUUGACCAUGCAAAGCCUUUAAGACAGUGUUUUUUGCCUUGUCCCCCUCUACCCCCCAAUCCCCCUGGCACCAGCUUGUAAAUAACCAGAGGACUGUUCAGUGGCUCUCUAUGUGCAUGUAUAAACUCACUCAUAUUUAUGUACCGUACUCUGAAAACCCCAGUGCCCCUAUUUCCUCUUUGUCGUACUGUAAAGUGAGCAGACUCUGUAUUGCGUGUUUUAACCCUGGCUUGUGCACUGUGGACAAGCAGUCAAGCAUACCAUCAAUAAAGAGACGAAUGGCUCA